UUUUUCUUUCAUGAGGACAUAAAACAAUAUACUACCUGGGUUAUAUUUAGAUUACUGCCCCAGGGGAAUGGGUACUUAGGAGAAAACCACUAAUCCCUGAUAAUAAAGUACAUGGCCUAUGGGAAAGUUGUCCUUGCCCCUUGUCAUAAUUUACUUAUCCAGUUGCCAAUUUGAAAUCUACAUAGUAUUAGUGAUCUCAAUUUUAAAGCAGCUAUAACUUUCUUAUUGCUUGUCCGAUUUCUUUCAAACUUUCACCAUUCUGUUUAAUUUAUUUUUCUCCUUCCCAACACAACAUUUAAUGGCCAAGGCUGGAUUCCCCUUUAAUAAAUGUGAUUUCUACGGCACCGAAUCCAUUUUAUGCUCAAGGAGCAAAGGUGAAAAUAGAGAAACAAACAGUUCAAAUUUAUAUGCAGAGUUAAAUACAAGAAAUUCUUCAGUGUUACUUUAAAUAAUUUGUUUUAACUUCCCUCUUUUCCGAAGUUUUCAGUGGCAGAAUAGGAGCAGAUCUCCAGCUACCAUCUGUAGAAGCAGCGACAUAACACUAGCAUGGCGUCCCAUUACAGAGACAAGGGUCCCCUUGAUUGCAAGGUCUAUGUCGGUGACCUGGGGAGCUCGGCUGCAAAGCACGAGAUUGAAGAGGCCUUUGGGAAGUACGGCCAUAUCACCAAUGUCUGGAUCGCCAGGAACCCGCCUGGUUUCGCUUUCGUGGAGUUUCUUGAUGACAGGGAUGCAAAUGACGCUGCAAAGUGCAUGGAUGGAAAGUAUCUCUGUGGAAAGCGCGUCCGCGUCGAGAUGUCCAGCGGCAGAUCCAGGCGUCCCAGAGUUCGUGACCGUGAAUACCCGCGGUCCAACUGGGGUGGGGGCGGUGGUGGCGGCGGCGGUGGCGGUGGAGGGGGAUACCCAUCCGGCCGAUACGGUGGAUACAGCGGCGGCGGCUGGAACAGAUCGAGAUACAGCCGGAGCAAGAGUCGAAGCAGAUCUCCUAGGCGCUACCGAUCUCGCAGCAGAUCACCACGCCGUCGAUCGCCAAGUAGAUCACCACGCCGUCGAUCGCCAAGCAAAUCUCCACGCCGUCGAUCACCUGUCUUUAAAAGGAGCAGAUCCCAUUCUCGUGACCGAUCGCGUGGAAAAUCCCGGGAGGGUUCCCGAUCUCACGAACGCUCCAAGGGGCGGUCCCGAUCCCACGACCGCUCCAGAGGGCGGUCCAGAUCCCGCGACCGCUCCAAGGGCCGCUACCGAUCUCGGUCCAAGAGCCCCCGCUACGAGAAGUCCCGCUCCCGAACCCGUUCGCGUUCCCGCACUCCCGAAGAUAACAAGGAUCAUCAUUCCUUCAACGAGGAUAACUCUCCCAGUCACCAGCAAGAAAACGACGGGGACUAAAUGACAAAGUUUGGUGUAAACCAGUCACCUGCUGGACUAUUAGUAUUAUUAGCUCUGCACAGGCCCCGGUAACACAAAACUUUUCAAUUGAUCAUGGAGCUGAUUUUACAAUUGAUCAUACACAAUAAUCAGUGCAAUCAAUCAGAGAAAUCAGUCAGAUGUUCAAUUGCCAAGCUUUGUGUUACAGACCCCAGGAAUCAUCCGGUUCCAGUAGGCAAUGAGAUAAAUAUCCCAAGGAGGGUUUAUGCCUUUUUCAGAGUUUUAAAAAUCAUUUAAUAACAAUAUAAGGACUUCUUCAAAGCUGUUAUCAAUUUGGGAUUUUAUGUGUUCAUGAUUGGAUGAAAAAUUUAAACAAUCAAGGUGCACUUUGAGACAACUUAUUUCUUUGACGAGGUACAUUGCAUGUACAUGUAAUUGAUUUUAAUCGUCAUUCACAAGGCAUGCUGAUCGGCACUCAGUAAUGCACUCGUCAUGCAUGGAACAUGAGCUACCUACAUACCUGCAUAUUUUAAAAAUAUUUUCCCCUAUUGACUCGCCUUUUUUUUUUUGGGGGGGGGCCUUUUUUAAUGACCUCUUGAAUUUUUUUCAAUUAGGAAACAUAAAUGGUAUACAUGUUUGUAUUCGAAAAAUAUAUUUUGUCCGUUUGUAAUGUUGACAUAAUGUAAUCACAAAUCCUGAAUAUUCAAUCCAUAUCUUGUAUAACAACUUCAUAACCCGUUCUCUUGCGUAUAUUUACUCUGUUACAAAGAGCCUAUCCUUAUGCACAUUGAACACUUACUGAUCUGUUCCCUUUUUUAAUUCCUUUGAGAUAUGUAUACACAAUACAAAAUAUACACUCCCUUGUAUAGAUGAUGUCAUUGGACAGGAGGGCUUAAUAGCAUGGUUACUCCUGUUCUAUUAAUAUGUAUUUUUCAGUUCUUUGAAAAACAAAAACUUGGUUAUAGUGUUUUACUUGUAUCCUGGUAAAUAGUUUUCAUGAUCACUCCUGUAAGGAUUUUGAAAUGAGAAUAACUACUUCAUGUCAAAUCAUCUAUGGAUUUAUAUUUUUUCUUUCAUGGAAUAGCUCAGAUUCUGUUUUGCAUUAGAUUUAGCAUAAUUAGCAAAUCAACUCACCAUUGUUGAAUAUGCUGAAAUUGACAAUAUGCCCAUCUUUUUGAUUGGAAGAAUUUGGCAAAACAUUCCUGGUGCUUGCAUGUACCAAAGAUUUUUUUAACAACAUUCAAGAGCUAUCUGAAACAAAGAAACGUCAAAACUCUGACCAAGAUUUACCCAUAUGUAAUGAUGCCCUGAAUCACUUUUGUACAUCCUUUUUGCUUUAUAUUUCCUCCUGCAAUUAUGUUCAUCAUUUUGUGAGCAUUUGGGGGGGGGGGGGGGUGAGGAACCAAAUAGAAGACUUAUUGGUAAGCUCCAAUUAAAAGGACCGUUUCAUUUCUCCUUUAUAAAAAGAAAGAAAGAAUAUGUCUUGUGUACAUAUUACACAUUUCUAUUGCCAAAUAUUGCUUAUCUGUCAUUCAUGUUUUAAUCUAUAUUUGCAUACACUGCAAAAUUCCAGUGUUGAUUUAACACCAGCCUGGAAUCUAUAUAUGUCCACACCGGAGAAGUAUUGCAACACGAGUUUGGAAUCAAACCAAUGCUGUUUUAAUACUAAUUGGUGUUGUAUAAACACCUAUCUGGUGUUAGACCAAAACAAAACUGGUGUUUAACACUUCUCUGGUGUGGACAUAUAUGGAAUUCGGGCUGGUGUUAAAUCAACACUAGAGUUUUUGCAGUGAACAUUCAUUCACCAGUCAAACUUUCCAUUUUACUUGCAUGCUUGGUGUAGAAAGAGAAAUAAUGCAUCAUUAGAGAGAGAAAAAAGGUAUUAAUAUUUGUACUCGCCAUUGUUUAUCAUGAGUGAAAAACUUAUUUGCUGCAAUAAACAAGUAUUUUUGUUACAUGUACAUGUAGUAAAUUGAUUUGGAUACUUCAUUUUUACAUAGAACAAGUUAGUGUGAAGAUUUUGUUAUGUAGGCCACAAGAACAAAAUCUGUUAGCCUCUUUUAGGAAAAGGGAGAAAAAAAAAGAAAUUGUUUUUAAUCAAUUAAAUUUAAUGGCAUAUUUUCAUGAGGUGUUUGUUAAAAUAAAUACCACUAUUUUGUUACAUGUACAUGUAGUAAAUUGAUUUGGAUAAUUCAUUUUUACAUAGAACAAGUUAGUGUGAAGAUUUUGUUAUGUAGACCACAAGAACAAAAUCUGUUAGCCUCUUUUAGGAAAAGGGAGAAAAAAAAAGAAAUUGUUUUUAAUCAAUUAAAUUUAAUGGCAUAUUUUCAUGAGGUGUUUGUUAAAAUAAAUACCACUAUUUUGGGGUCUUUCCCUUGAAGACAUCUUUCUGUUUCUUUUUCUUUCUUUUUUUUUUUUACUAUUAUUAUUAUUACAACCACAAUGGCAAGAGACAUUUCACCCCGAAUUUUUGGGGUUCACCAUUGAAUUCUAUUGUUUGAAACUUUAUUGUAGGUGUUUCUUUAAGGCCUCGUUAUCUGCUCAAAUUGGUAUUACAGCUCACUUGUUUACCUGCAUGCAUAUUUUCAAUUUUCCGCUGGUGGAUACACACAUGCAUAUAUAAACCAUUUGUUACAAAUUUGUUACAUCAUUUAGAUAUAUUACAUGAAUAUGUCAUUGUUUCAUCGUUGUUUUUUCUUCAUUUACGAAUGAAAUAUGUAUUUUAGCAUUACUUUUUAAUUUUGAAUUGAAAUUGAGUAUUCAUGUCCCUAAUGUACGUCUCCUUGAUGAAUUGAUUGUUGUCACUUCCCUCUUACAUCUGUCAAGGCUCCACACUGACUCUUUUUCUUGGUGGCCUGGUCGGUCCUCUGAAAUCAUUAAUUUUACAUUCUUGGUGGCCUGCCAAGCAAACUUGGUGGCCCUAAAACAAUAGAAAACAUUACAAAACUUUGGUAGCCCAACUGGACCACCAAGUGUAGGCUUAUGCAGGAUACUCUCAUUUUUGGUUGCCCUGGGCCACCCGGCCACUGCUAAUGUAGAGUCCUGCAUUUGUGUUUGACAGAACUAGCGUUUUCAUAUCAUGUAUGUAUGUACCUAUUUCAACAUGUGACUGUUAAUUCUUAUUCAGAUUAUCCAGUUACAAUGUAGUAUAUUUCAUGUGCUUUGUUCCUAGUACAUUCACAUGAAGUGAUUGAGGUAAGUGCUGACAGCUGAAGGGAUUUAGGUUAUUUUGUGGGGUAAAAAAUUGGAAAAUCCUUCUUUUUUUUAUUACUAAAAUAUGCAUUCAGAUUUUCUUUCUUAGAUAAGCUCAGUCAUUCAAGAUAAAGAGGUUUUAAAGUUUUGGUUUGUUUUUGAGAUAUAUUUCAGUAAAAAAAAAACAGUAUUCAAAACAAUAAAAAAAAAACAUUUGUAAUGUACCUAUCUAUUUCCCAAGAAAUGGAUAUUAAAACAUAACAGUGUUGUCUUGCAUGGAUUUAAGCGCUUGGAUUGUAUGUAGUUAGUUAAAGUUCAGUUUAGUAAACACUUGAAUUAUUGGCAUGGAACUGAUUAAAAAUAGUCUCACAUUGUCCAUGAAAAUAUCCAUCUGAGAGAGCUGUACUAAAAAUUACAUCAAAGAUUUAUAAUCUGUAACUUGUUUUAGUAAGAAGGAAAUUAUCAUUGCCAAAAUACUUGCACCCUGUUACAUUCAAUAGUAUACAAACAUACAUGGAUCAAUCAGAUUACAGAACAUUCUUGGGAGUUGUAUAAUGAGCAACAAUUUGUGAGACAAUGCUCGUAAGAAUUUUAAAAUCUUUGUCAUCAUUCAUAAAUGUAUGAAUUAUUUGAUAUUCUGAAUUUGUUAUUCCUUUUUUUUUUUUGGGAGGGGGGAGUGAUAAUAUUUUAACAAAUAAGGAUAAUUCAUGUACUUGUAGUAAUUAUUUUAAAUUUCCUUUUUACUGUUUUUAUUAUGUGGGGGGGGGGUGUUCAUGUAAAAUCAUUUCUAUUUGUGAUCACUAAUGAUUUCAACUCUUAAUUUCUUAGUCAUACAUGAUUCCAAUUUGUUUUUAUGUGUUUUUUUUGUGUGUGCAUGUAUAUCCUGAAGAAUAUUGGUAUAUACUUUGGAUAUUUUUAAUCCUUCAAAGUAAUAAGAAAAUAUGAGAAAAGAAUAACUGUAAUUUCAGUUCCUUGUAAGCAUAAGGCCUAUCCCUGCCGUUAAUUUCAUUCAAAUUUUAAGAUCACUUUUUUAUGCCAAGUUAUGCGAGUUACAAUGGUAGUUGGCAUUAUUUUUUUAUUCAGGGGUGUGAGAUUUCAGAUUUUUUUGGUUUUGAUUUUCAGCUUAAUUUCAGCUUAUUUUUGGCUUUCCUCUGUACAAAAUGUAUGGGAGCUCUUUCUAUUUCAGACUUUUUCAACACAUUUCAGCUUUUUUCAGAUCUUUUUAUUUGUGACCACUCACACCCCUGUUGAUUGUAAUUUGUUUUAAUUUCUUUUAUGAUCACUUUAUUGUCUUUUUCUCUUAAAUCGUACCUGUGUAUGUAGUGUGUGUUGCCUGACUUCAUUCAAUUUUAUGUUUAUAGAUUGUAUCUUUGCACUGUAUGCAUGGUUUAAAGGAACUUGAUCAUAACUUUAAGAUCCUGUUGCAUUGUGGGUCAUUGUAAUCCACAAGAUGUACGUGAACCUGAUAGAGAUGUGUUUUAAUGUGAUUUCAAGAUAUCCAUGUUUUAAGUAGGUUAACACUGAAUGAACACUUUGUGAAAGAUCCCCCCGGUGUUACAUGUAGUUGACACCAAGAUUGAUUUAGUGUUCAGUGUCAAGGAUACAAUAGUGGCAAUGACUGUAUCAGUUCUGAGCUUGGUGUUGGUUUACACCAAGAUUGAUUUAGUGUUCAGUGUCAAGUAUACAAUAAUAGCAAUGUAUCAUAUAAUCAACACCACUCCUAACACCAAAUGAAAGGGCAUUGAUGGAUGCCUUAUUUUUGUGUUGCUAUGAAUGUACACUUUUUUUUAGAAACCAAUCUACUUUUGAUGCCAAAACUUUUAUUUUUUACUGGUGUAUGAAGGGGACUCUUUGACACAAAAAUAUACAAUCAAUAUUACAAUUAAUUAUAACUAUUUGUUUCUGGCUUGUCAUUGAUGAAUAGUUAUGUUUGAUUGUAUGAUUGAUUGUAUCCUGUGUGUGUAACAGGGUCCUGAUAACCUCAUUGAUAUAUUAAGCACUGUAAACGAUGCCAUCUUCACAAAACACUGGAUUGCAUCUGGCUAUUCAUUCAGUUGUAACCAUUAUGUAAUGUAUGUGCCAAUUUAAAUGUAUAACAAGGGUUCAUUCAUGUAUAGGCUUGUUUCAUUUUUAAAAGGGUGUUGACUGUAUUUUUUUGUGACUUUUUUUCUUGCAAUAGUGGAGGUGGAUUGGUGGAAUAAAGUAUUUUACACGUAA